AUGACAUUGGAAAAAUCUGACAAGAUUGAUUCCGAGAAAAUUAUUACCUUACUUAAUGAAGCACAAAAAUUAAUUGUACAAGUUCGACCAUCGACUAUUGUUAAUAAUAGUAUUGAUAUAACAGCAGUAAACAAUAAUAAAGAUGAUGAUCGAAUUGAUCCAUUACGAGUACCAGAAAUAAUUAUUGUUCUUUGUGUAUUAGCAUUAUGGUUUGGUUCAAUAUUACUUUUUAUUCGUCAUUCAGAAUUAUUACGUAUUCGUCAUCGUGAUUUACCUUAUCGUUUAUCUGCAAAAGCACCUAUGAAUUUAAAUCAUAUAACUGUUGUUAAUCGUACUAGUGAUAUGGUUAUUCAUUCGAAACCACGUCUUUCAGGAACUGGUAGUUAUACAACACCAGUAUAUAAUCAUACAAUGGAUGAAUAUUCAAAUUCGAAUACAACAUCACCAUCAUAUCCACAUACAACUCGUAAAGGACGACCUAGAGGUUCAACAAUAUCAAUUAUGUCAACAACAAAAUAUCCCUAUCCUCCUAAUAAUGAUCAAUUUCUUAAUCCAUAUAUGAUAUCAUCCGAUGUACGACGAAGUUUACUUGAUUUACAUCGUAAAUCUAUAGAUAAUUUAUCUGCAAUGAGAUAUAGUAUAUCGUUUUCAACAAAUGAUGUAUCAAGACGUAAAGAAAGUGAAGAACAAAAUAUGUUACUCGAUGAACGAUGUAUUCAAGAAUCACCUGUAUAA